CACGGUCACACUGGUUUACAGUAAAAGUAAAUCAACGAAUUCGAAAUGUCCGACGCUGUGGACAAAAUGUUGGCGGGAAUGGCCACAAAUCGAAUUACGUUGAACCGGCAGUUGGCCAAAAUAGACGAUAUAAUGGAACGAUCGAAUAACACCUUGCUCCAUAUCGAGGCCAACAGCAAGGCUCUAAAUCAGAAUCUGGCCCCUGCGGAGUCUAAAAAGCUGUAUAACCUGAAGCCGGAGGCUGAGAUGGCUCUGUCUAAGAUUCUAGAGAACUUCAAGCUCCUGAUGCAAGGCAGUGAUCAGCGAGAAGAGGCUUAUAGCGCCCUGGAUGGCUGUCUGGCCUACAGGGACCGCGUGGAACACCUCAGCAGCUCCGUACGCAAGCUUGUGGCCCUUCACGAUACCGUCGCCCAGAUGAGGAGCUCACAGGAGGAACAAGAUGCUAGCGAGGAUUCCCCUUAACAUAUAUACAAUUUAUUUUAAUUCAUCUAAUUUUAUCUAGAUAUGUAUAAUAUGCCAAUAUGAGUGGUUUAUAGUCAGUGUACUAUUCAAUUUAAAUAUAGAAGCUUACCUUUA